CUAUAUUAGUAACUAUGGAAACAGCAAAGUACGCUUAUCCAUGAUAUACAAAAGCUACAAUAAUUAUAAAGUAAUAAGCAUAUGUGAAAUAAAGAAAAAAAUUUUGUUGUUACCAAUUUUACUGUUUACCAAAAAUCCGAAAUUACAAAUAUUUAAAACAUGGAUAAAUACGUCAUCAACGGACAAAUCGGCGAAGGAGCGCAAGGCUUAGUUUUGAAAGCACACGACACGUCCAGGGAUCGCGAAGUAGCUUUAAAAAAGAUUUUAAUAAAAAAAAUCGAAGACGGUCUACCCGUGUCCAUUAUACGCGAAGUAAAAAGUUUACAGCAGUUAAAACAUCCUUAUGUUGUUGAAUUGCUAGAUGCCUUUCCAAACGGCUUAGACUUUGUGAUGGUUUUCGAAUAUAUGCCAACAGGCUUAUGGGAGGUAUUGAAGGACGCUAACGUGACACUGACACUGUCGCAAAUUAAAACUUAUAUGAAAAUGUUGCUAGAGGGUAUAGCGUACGUACAUGGGAAGAAUAUAAUACACAGGGACCUGAAGCCGGCGAAUUUGCUGAUCAAUGGCAAAGGUAUCUUGAAGAUCGCGGAUUUCGGUUUAAGUAGGCUAAUGUGGCCGGAUGGCACGAAGCCAUAUUCACAUCAGGUCGCCACACGAUGGUACCGAGCACCGGAGUUACUCUUUGGUUCACAAUAUUACUCAUCUGCGAUCGAUAUGUGGUCGAUCGGUUGCAUAUUCGGUGAAAUGUUUAACACUUCUCCGUUAUUUCCGGGCGAGACCGACAUCGAGCAACUGGCUAUAGUUUUGAAGUAUCUGGGCUCGCCUACGUCAGAAUCCUGGCCAGAAUUAACUACAUUACCAGAUUACAAUAAGAUUACGUUUCCUUACCACAAGGGAAUAACGUGGGAAAGUAUCAUUCAGGAUGCGCAACCGGAAGCUAUUGACCUGAUUAGGCAUAUUUUGAUUUACAACUCGUCAGAACGCCUCACGGCAGAUCAGGCAUUAUGUCACGUAUACUUUUACUCGAAACCCUAUCCAUCAUUAAGGAAUUUGAUAAAACCACCACAGGAUCAUCGUUUAAGCGUGAAACCGAAAGAAAUCAAUCCGAACGUGCAACCAAAUACGCUCUUCGAGAACCUUUUAAGCAUUGUCUGACACACAUUUGUCGCAAUGUGUCAACGGCAUUUAUAUGG